AUGGCCCUGGGGGCCGGAGGAGUCCAGCUGGGACAGGCGCAGGGGCCUGGCGGGAUCCUUAUCUGCCUCCGUCUCUGCUGGAAUCCUUCCCGCAGGCAGCUGAUGGCAGAUGACCCCUGCAUAGCUGAAAAAAUCAAGAAGAUGGGUCUGAUGGCCUGUUUCAGCAUUGGGCUCCUCGGAUGCCUGGUGGGUGGACCCUUCCUGGGCGGAGUCCACGCUGACAAAGGCUGCCCUCAGAACUGGCUCGGCUACAACGGACGCUGCUACGGCUACUUCCCCCAGGAGGUGACCUGGCAACAGGCGGAGAGACGAUGCCAGCAGAGCGGGGGCCACCUGGCCUCCAUCCUGAACGUCAACGAACACAAGGCCAUCGCCCGCUUCCUGCGCCAGUCCCAGGGCGAUGAUGAUGAAGACGUCUGGCUGGGGCUCUCUAUCAAAAACCGCAAAUGGGCCUGGGUGGAUGGCAGCCCUGUGGAAUACACCGCGUGGGAAGAGUACGAGAGCUACGAUGACCUGGACGACGAGCACUGCGCUCAACUGGAGGACUCCUCCGGAUUCAUGCAGUGGGAUAAUGAGUCCUGCUUUGACAAGAACCCCUUCCUCUGCAAGGUGUAGGCAAGGCACACGGUGG